AUGACUUACGAACCUCCUCGGAAAAUAAUCUUAAUCAAAGAACAACGCCAAGCCUUUCAGGAAUCGAAGACCCAUCAAGAUAUCGUGUCCUACAUUGAAACCCUCAACAAUGCAGUUGUAGGGGCUAAGCUGACGGAUGACUGUCCUGCGUCGAAAGGUGUCGCUGCAGUACUGGAAAUGCUAGACAAGGUGGAGCAAAUGGCUAAAGAGACGCCCCCAGUCGACAACGCAGCCUCGCGCUUUGGCAACCCUGCGUUCAGAACCUUUUACGAUAAGGUCUCGGAGAAAUCGGCUGAAUGGCACAAUGCUCUACCAAAUCUUCCAACUGAAAGCAUACCCGAAGUCUCCGUCUACUUCAACGAAUCAUGGGGCAAUCGGACUCGAAUCGACUAUGGCAGUGGAAUGGAACUGAAUUUUCUCUGCUGGCUUAUAUGCCUAGAACGUCUAGGAGUGUUUGAAGCGGCCGACCAUAAGGCUCUCGUCCUGAAGGUGUUUUGGAGAUACAUUCAAAUUAUGCGCGUUUUGCAGUCAACAUAUUGGCUCGAGCCAGCUGGAUCGCAUGGUGUAUGGGGCUUGGACGACUACCACUUCUUGCCCUUCUUGUUUGGCUCUGCCCAACUUCGUGGUCACAAGUAUAUCCGGCCGAAGGCGAUUCAUGAUCCUGAAAUCGUCGAAGAGUAUUCACAGCAUUACAUGUAUUUUGCAUGCAUCGCAUUCAUCAAUUCCAUCAAGACAGCCUCCUUGCGGUGGCACUCGCCCAUGCUUGACGACAUCUCAGCUGUCAAGACAUGGGACAAAGUCAACUCUGGGAUGAUCAAGAUGUAUCUCGCUGAGGUUCUUGGGAAGCUACCUGUGAUUCAACACUUCCUUUUUGGCUCUAUCCUGAAAUACGAAGGACCUGAACCGCCUAAAUCGAACGAUAUUGUCGACGAUGCCCACAGAGGUCAUGCCCACGCCCAUGCAGAUCUCGGCGGUGCAGGCCAGAGAGAGGUUGGGUGGGGCGAUUGUUGUGGAAUCCCUGUCCCGUCUAUCUUCGCUGCUGCUCGAGAGACGCAACAGCACGACGGUGGUCUCAAACUGUCUGGACCUGGAAUACGACCUGUUCCCUUUGACUAG